CUUUCUACCACGGAAAGGAGGUCUUGCAACCCUUCUGCAAACUUCGAUCUCUUCUGCUAAGCUAGACCGACAUGAGUGCUUCACAGCCUCCUCCAGCUGAUGCGACUGAUUUCACCGCCAAAGACUGGACUCGGAUUCUCAAAGCCGCCAAUAUAUUGCGAGCAUGGAAAGGACAGCAAUCAGGCGAAAGCCUCUCGGUCAGUCGCGCGCCAAGCGGAGCAAUCCGUUGGAUCGAAAAUGACGAGGCGUCCGGAUUUGCGAUAUCUGACGACAGCUACCUUGUGACAUGCGAGUCUUCGAGCAGCAUCGAAAGUGAGAUGAUCGCCAAGGCGUUUCAAGAGUCGGAAAUUCAUGCAAUGCUGUAUAUAUCUCUUCCGAGGGCCAAUGCUUCAAGAAAUUGAUGGACGCCUAGAGCCGGAGGCGCACAAGGACUCACCUUCGACUUUAGUGGCUCAUUUGACUGGUGGAAAGAACAAAUGAGGAAUCAAUCUUCCAGCUCCAGUGUCGCUACCAUUCAUGGAUUCUACAAUUUUGAUCGAGUCACGAUAGAACUCCAGCUGGAAAACUAUGAACUGUCGCAGGAUUGCAGAAAAUUUAUGGAUGACCAAAGCGUCAAUGUCAGCCGAGAUGUAAGUUCCAAAGACAUAGUGCUUCAGAAAUUCUUUACAAAGUUUGGGGCAAUGUUGGCUACCAAUGUUAUACUCGGGGAUCGUCUAUGUACCACCGAAGAGAUCAUGUUGGCAGACCAAUCGGCAAUUGAAGCGCAGAAAAAGGCAUCCAAGACAGAGGUACGGGCAACGGUCGCCGCCAUCUUCGCUGGUGUAGGUGUUGGAGGAUCUCACACCAUCGAGCGCGAAAGGGACGGGCAGAUCGCCGUCUCAGUUAGCGGGGAAAGGAUGGUAGUUUCCAUUCAAGGAGGAAACACUCUCCUUCCAUUUCCGUCAAGGUAGGGACACGACCCUGAAAUUGGUAGCAAACAAAAUUUGAACCUUUGCUGGACUUUCUGAUGAAGGUGGCGGAAGGAACUGAUCAGUAUCAAACCAUUGUCGCCUUGCAGAAACACUUUGAAUUCCGCAAGUCCGACGCUCAGAAACAGCGAUCAUCAACCCUCAGUGUCAAUAUUGAGAGCGAAUAUGAUUUCGAUGAUAAGAAGGACACGUUUAAAGUUCGAAUUUAUAUGUCACAACCAAAAAUCCUCAAAACAGUAACAUUGGUAUCAAUACCAUCGACCCAGGAAGACUUGAACCGCUGCCUUUCCCACAUAAAUCCGACAGCCGGGCUCAUGGGGAUUCUACACACCAAAGGCCUUCCACCACCCAGAGUACAUGAAUUUCGAAACAUCCUAUCACCAUUGUCAUAUACAACGGAGGUUGACAAGGUGCAUCACGCCAAUAGGCUUAAGAAGCGGAGACGGGGUUCAUUCUUCGCCCUCAGUCUCGGAGGAACGCCACUAACACCACCGACCCCAGUCUGUCUUCUUGAUGCGAACUUCCAUCUCCGGGGCGGCUUGGUUUUCGGAGAUUACUAUCACCAGAGGCAAAGCCCCGUCGAUCAAAUACAGCCGUUUCUGGAUGAUGGCAGUACAUGCCUACAAUGGUAUCAGGAGAAUACCGUAUCUGUGAAAUGGCUGAUUGACGGCGAGGUUGAAGCUCAGAACUAUGAAUGGAAGAUAAGAGCGCCGUGCACGGUGGAGGAAAUGGAACAGAUAGAGAAGGAGAAGGACGCGGAGAAGAAGAGUCUCGCCAAAUAUCAUCUUGGAGAGGGAGGGGUGGAGGAGGAGGAGAAGAAGAAGCAAAGACUUGCGGAACAGGAGCGUGCGAUGGGUGAUACGAUGUCUGGCUACGACAAUUGAACGCCACCGGCUUGAGACUAGCAUCUCAACUUCGAUUUCCAGCAGCACGUCAAUAGGUGGACAAGAAGAAAAU